AUGACGACCAUGAAGCAAUGGACAGUGAAGACUCCAGAUGCGGCCUUUUCUGGUCUCAAGCUCGGGGAUGUCCCCAUUCUCAAUGUUGAAGGAAGCGAAGUCCUUGUGCGAUUCCACGCUUCGUCUCUGAACUACCGCGACUUGGCAAUUGCAAAGGGCACAUUCCCGUUCGCUCACAAAUAUCCUAUCGUCCCGAACUCGGAUGGCGCUGGAGAGGUGGCGGAAGUUGGUCCUAAGUUAUUACCAUUUUCAAUCAGGCCCAUCAAUUUGGCGAUAUUGACCAAAGCAGCCUCAAGCGGGGUUGGUGGUGUAAUUGACGGUGCCCUGCACCAGUUUGGCGUCUACCCCGAAACUGGUUUGGUAAAGGCACCAGACAACCUGGACUAUAUUGAAGCCAGUACUCUUCCCUGCGCCGCAUUUACCAGCUGGAAUGCCCUCUAUGGACUUAAGCCUAUCAAAUUUGGCCAAGUUGUCCUAGUCCAGGGUACGGGUGGUGUCAGUAUUUUUGGUUUGCAGUUUGCCAAAGCCGCUGGUGCUACGGAAAGGCUCUUGAAAGAGCUCGGCGCCGAUCUCACCGUCAACUACAGAUCUUCUCCCCAGUGGGGAUCUGCUGUUCGCGACUUAACUCCUGGCAAGGACGGUGUCGAUUAUAUUAUUGAUGUUGGUGGUCAAGAUACCUUGGAGCAAAGUCUCAAGUGUAUCAAGAUGAACUGUAUCAUCAACAUUAUCGGAUUCCUGGGCACAAGCGAUCGUCCUCAGCCCACACUCCUAGAGGCCCUUAGCCAUAUUUGCACAGUGCGAGGUGUUUAUGGGGGUAGCCGGGCCAUGUCGAAGGACAUGAUUCGUGCUAUUGAAUCCACUGGAUUGAAGCCCAUUGUCGAUGAGAAGGCGUUUGAGCUUGAAAAUGCUAAGGAGGCAUUCCAGUACAUGGCGGCUCAGAAACAUGUUGGUAAGGUUGUGGUCAAGCUGUAA